AUGUCUGUCCUCCCCAGGUAUCCUAGAGUUCAUCAGUCUGGCCAGUGCUAUAAGUUAAGCCAUAUCUCUGACAGGUGUUGUCUGUCCUCCCCAGGUAUCCUAGAGUUCAUCAGUCUGGCCAGUGCUAUAAGUUAAGCCAUAUCUCUGACAGGUGUUGUCUGUCCUCUCCAGGUAUACUAGAGUUCAUCAGUCUGGCCAGUGCUAUCUCUGACAGGUGUUGUCUGUCCUCCCCAGGUAUCCUGGAGUUCAUCAGUCUGGCCAGUGCUAUCUCUGACAGGUGUUGUCUGUCCUCUCCAGGUAUCCUAGAGUUCAUCAGUCUGGCCAGUGCUAUCUCUGACAGGUGUUGUCUGUCCUCUCCAGGUAUCCUAGAGUUCAUCAGUCUGGCCAGUGUUAUCUCUGACAGGUGUUGUCUGUCCUCUCCAGGUAUCCUAGAGUUCAUCAGUCUGGCUGUAGGGCUGGUCAGCAUUAGAGGAGUGGACGCAGGACUCUACCUGGGCAUGAACGAGAGAGGAGAGCUCUAUGGGUCGGUAAGUUAAACACUCCUCCUCUCCUCUCCUCUCCUCUCCUCUCCUCUCAUCUCCUCUCCUCUCCUCUCCUCUCCUCCCUCCCUCCCUUCCUCCCUCCCUCCCUCCCUCCCUCCCUUCCUCCCUCUGGGACAAGGUAGCACGUCCGGUGAACAGGUCAGGGUUCCAUAGCUGCAGGCAGAACAGUUGGAACUGGAGCAGCAGCACGACCAGGUGGACUGGGGACAGCCAGGAGUCAUCAGGCCAGGUAGUCCUGAGGCAUGAUCCUAGGGCUCAGGUCCUCCAGGAGGGGAGGGAGAGAGAGAGAAUUAGAGGGAGCAUACUUAAAUUCACACAGGACACCAGAUAAGACAGGAAAAUAACACCAGAUAUAACAGACUGACCCCAGCCCCCCGGCACAUAGACUAUUGCAGCAUAGAUACUGGAGGCUGAGACAGGGGGGGUCGGGAGACACUGUGGCCCCGUCCGACGAUACCCCUGGACAGGGCCAACCAGGCAGGAUAUAACCCCACCCACUUUGCCAAAGCACAGCCCCCACACCACCAGAGGGAUAUCAACAGACCACCAACCUACUACCCUUAGACAAGGCUGAGUAUAGCCCACCAACCUACUACCCUGAGACAAGGCUGAGUAUAGCCCACCAACCUACUACCCUGAGACAAGGCUGAGUAUAGCCCACCAACCUACUACCCUGAGACAAGGCUGAGUAUAGCCCACCAACCUACUACCCUUAGACAAGGCUGAGUAUAGCCCACCAACCUACUACCCUGAGACAAGGCUGAGUAUAGCCCACCAACCUACUACCCUGAGACAAGGCUGAGUAUAGCCCACCAACCUACUACCCUGAGACAAGGCUGAGUAUAGCCCACCAACCUACUACCCUGAGACAAGGCUGAGUAUAGCCCACCAACCUACUACCCUGAGACAAGGCUGAGUAUAGCCCACCAACCUACUACCCUGAGUCAAGGCUGAGUAUAGCCCACCAACCUACUACCCUGAGUCAAGGCUGAGUAUAGCCCACCAACCUACUACCCUGAGUCAAGGCUGAGUAUAGCCCACCAACCUACUACCCUGAGACAAGGCUGAGUAUAGCCCACCAACCUACUACCCUGAGACAAGGCUGAGUAUAGCCCACCAACCUACUACCCUGAGACAAGGCUGAGUAUAGCCCACCAACCUACUACCCUGAGACAAGGCUGAGUAUAGCCCACCAACCUACUACCCUGAGACAAGGCUGAGUAUAGCCCACCAACCUACUACUCUGAGACAAGGCUGAGUAUAGCCCACCAACCUACUACCCUGAGACAAGGCUGAGUAUAGCCCACCAACCUACUACCCUGAGACAAGGCUGAGUAUAGCCCACCAACCUACUACCCUGAGAGCAUGGAAGACCCCUCCUAGGGACGGCAUGGAAGAGCACUAGUAAGCCAGUGACUCAGCCCCCGUAAUAGGGUCAGAGACAGAGAAUCCCAGUGGAGAGAGGGGAGCCGGCCAGGCAGAGACAGCAAGGGGGGUUCGUCGCUUCGGUGCCUCUCCUCUCCUCUCUCCUCUCCUCUACUUCGAUGUGAAUAUGGCAUAUUAACAAACAUCAUAUCCUAAACACAGGACAGGUCAAAGUAAAAUGGACAAUAUGGAAUGGACAAUCAGGCUACUCAAAACUGCUGUCCAGGAGUUUCCCCCCAUGGGCUAAAUUGUCAUAAUAAUGAGUGGUUUCAAGUUUGUAUCCAUAAAUGAGAUGAUCAUAGUGAAAAAUAAAAUACUUAUGCAUUUCCCGCUGUGUAAACAUAUUGAUUGUCAUUGCAAAUCGUCUCUAGCUAACUCUUGAUAAAGUUGGGUAGCUGAUAUUCAGAGCUUAAAUAGCCAAAAUGAUUAGUCACAGGAAUCAGAACUAAUAACGCCAAUGCUAAUAAUAGAUGAGAUUCAUAUUCUGACAAUCUCUGAAACUCACUUAGAUAAUACCUUUGAUGAUACUGUCACGGUUUCGGCCGAGACUGCUCCUCCUCCUGGUUCGGGCAGGCUUCGGCGUUCGCCGUCCCCGGAGUACUAGCUGCCACCGUUGUAUGUUUCGUGGUGUGAUUGCUUUAGUCUGUCUUGUACACCUGUGUCUGUUUGUGUUCUGAUUACGUGUCCUAUAAGUUCCCUGUUUUGUAUUAGUUAGAUUGUGUGUUGUUGUUUGCCUGUCGUGCGGAGCUGCGUGUUUGCGCUCUGUUAGUUUUGUUUAUUGUUUUACGCAUGUUGCGUAAUUCCCUCGCCUCCGUUUGUUUUCGAGGUCGUAUAUUGUUUUGUUGCACUUUGGACUAGUAAAGUCUUUUGGACGAAUCCUCUGUGUCCUGCGCCUGACUCCUCCACCACAUCCACAUCGGUUCUUUUGACAGAACAACACACCCAACUAUGGAGUCAGCAGGAGCAGCGGCGGCACCCAAGUCGCUGGAAGAGCGGAUCAGCUACCAAGACACCAUGAUCCGGCAACUUGGGGCCGCCAUGGACGAGGUGUCCAACACUCUGCGCCGGUUGGUGACUGGAGAGGUGCCCACGCCUUCUUACUCCAUCCCAUCACCAACGGCCAGUCCUCCUCUCUCAGCACCGGAACCCAGUGGCAUUCGGCUCUCGCUCCCGAGGGCAUGUGACGGUUCUGCAGCCGGGUGUCAGGGGUUCCUCCUGCAGGUGGAACUCUACCUGGCUACUAUACACCCAGCGCCCUCGGGAUACGAGAGCGUCUCCGCCCUCAUCUCCUGUCUAUCCGGCAAGGCGUUGGAGUGGGCCAACGCCGAAUGGAGGGGAAUAGACGCCGCUACCAUCACCUACGCGGAGUUCUCCCGCCGCUUCAGGGCUGUCUUCGAUCACCCACCUGAAGGGAAAGCGGCGGGGGAGCGUCUGUUCCACCUCCGACAGGGGAAGAGGAGCGCACAGGAGUUCGCACUGGAGUUCCGGACGCUAGCGGCGGAUGCGGGGUGGAAUGAGAGGGCCCUCAUCGACCAUUACCGGUGCAGCCUACGAGAGGACGUUCGUCGUGAGCUGGCCUGCAGGGACACCAACCUAUCAUUCGACCAGUUGGUGGACAUCUCCAUCCGUCUCGACACCCUGCUGGCUACCCGCGGACGUCCCGAGUGGGGGCCGACCAUUCCACCCUCCAGCACCUCCGAGCCGAUUCCCAUGGAGCUCGGGGGUGCUGGCGCUAGAGAGAGGAGGAGAGAGAACCCGAGGAGGGCCACCCCCUGCACCAGCUGUGGCCGUGGAGGACACACCGCGGCCAGGUGCUGGGGAGGGUCUCCUGGGAGAGGGGACAACAGGUCACGCACUGGGGAGUCAUUUCAGGUGAGUAGGCGCCCCACUCACCCAGAGCUUUCUGUUGGUCACAUGAGUAUUCCUGUGAGAUUUCCACUGGUGGCACCUCAUUCCCAGCAUAAGGCGCUAGUAGAUUCAGGCGCAGCUGGGAAUUUUAUUGAUCGGGCAUUUUGUUAUAGGUUUGGAAUUCCCCUUCGGCCGGUAGAAGCCCCCUUUCCUGUCCACGCCUUAGACAGCCGGCCGUUGGGGUCGGGGCUGAUCAGAGAAGUCACAGCACCACUUACUAUGACGACGCAGGGGGGUCAUGAGGAGAUCAUUCAGUUUUAUCUGAUUGACUCUCCUGCGUACCCCGUGGUGUUGGGGCUUCCCUGGUUAAGCACCCAUGAUCCUACCAUUGCGUGGCAACAGAGGGCUCUUAUGGAGUGGUCUGCCCAGUGUGUAGGGAGAUGUCUAGGUGUUUCCUUAGGGGCGACCUCGGUUGAGAGUCCGAACCAAGUGCCCGCAAUGCGCAUUCCCCCUGAGUAUGAGGACUUAGCACUUGUGUUCAGCAAGACUAGGGCAACACGGCUACCACCUCAUAGACAGGGGGACUGUGCGAUAAACCUCCAAACAGGAGCGGCUCUGCCACGGAGUCGUGUGUAUCCCCUGUCUCAAGAGGAGACAGCGGCUAUGGAGACUUACAUAGCCGAGUCCUUGGCACAGGGAUACAUACGGUCCUCCACUUCCCCGGUUUCCUCAAGUUUCUUCUUUGUGAAGAUGUUGCGUAAUUCCCUCGCCUCCGUUUGUUUUCGAGGUCGUGUAUUGUUUUGUUGCACUUUGGACUAGUAAAGUCUUUUGGACGAAUCCUCUGUGUCCUGCGCCUGACUCCUCCACCACAUCCACAUCGGUUCUUUUGACAGAUACAGUGGUAGCAAUACAAGGUUAUAACAUUUACAGAAAAGACAGAAAUGCCAAUGGUGGAGGUGUUGCUGUUUAUAUUCAGAACCACAUUCCUGUAAAGCUUAGAGAGGAUCUCAUGUUAAAUACUGUUGAAGUAAUAUGGCUACAGGUUCAUCGGCCUCACCUAAAGCCCAUUCUGGUGGGAAGCUGCUAUAGACCACCAAGUGCUAACACUCAGUUUCUGGCUAACAUGUGUGAAAUGCUUGAUAAUAUACAGUGGGGAGAACAAGUAUUUGAUACACUGCCGAUUUUGCAUGUUUUCCUACUUACAAAGCAUGUAGAGGUCUGUAAUUUUUAUCAUAGGUACACUUCAACUGUGAGAGACGGAAUCUAAAACAAAAAUCCAGAAAAUCACAUUGUAUGAUUUUUAAGUAAUUAAUUUGAAUUUUAUUGCAUGACACAUGAUCACUGUAUGUGAUAUCAACAGAGAGGUAUAUUUUCUGGGUGAUUUAAAUAUUGACUGGUUUUCAUUAGGCUGCCCACUCAAGAGAAAGCUUCAAACUGUAACCAGUGCCUGCAACCUGGUUCAGGUUAUCAGUCAACCUACCAGGGUAGUUACAAAUAGCACAGGAAUGAAAUCAUCAACAUACAGUGGGGAGAACAAGUAUUUGAUACACUUCCGAUUUUGCAGGUUUUCCUACUUACAAAGCAUGUAGAGGUCUGUAAUUUUUAUCAUAGGUACACUUCAACUGUGAAAUCCAGAAAUUCACAUUGUAUGAUUUUUAAGUAAUUAAUGUGCAUUUUAUUGCAUGACAUAAAUAUUUGAUACAUCAGAAAAGCAGAACUUAAUAUUUGGUACAGAAACCUUUAUAUAUGCAGUGCAUUUGCAAAGUAUUCAGACCCCUUGACUUUUUCCACAUUUUAUUAUGUUACAGCCUUAUUCUAAAAUGGAUUAAAUAGUUUUUACCAUCAUCAAUCACAAUACCCCAUAAUGACAAAGCAAAAACAGGUUUUUAUAAAUAUUUGUUAAUUUAUUAACAAAUAAAAAAACAUAUCACAUUUACAUAAAUAUUAAAACCCUUUACUCAAUACUUUGUUGAAGCACCUUUGGCAGCGAUUACAGCCUCAAGUCUUCUUGGGUAUGACGCUACAAGCUUGGCACACCUGUAUUUGGGGAGUUUCUCCCAUUCUUCUCUGCAGAUCCUCUCAAGCUCUGUCAGGUUUGAUGGGGAGCGUCGCUGCACAGCUAUUUUCAGGUCUCGCCAGAGAUGUUCGAUCAGGUUCAAGUCCGGGCUCUGGCUGGGCCACUCAAGGACAUUCAGAGACUUGUCCCGAAGCCACUCUUGCGUUGUCUUGGCCGUAUGCUUAGGGUUGUUGUCCUGUUGGAAGGUGAACCUUUGCCCCAGUCUGAGGUCCUGAGCGCUCUGGAGCAGGUUUUCAUCAAGGAUCUCUCUGUACUUUGCUCCGUUCAUCUUUCCCUCGAUCCUGACUAGUCUCCCAGUCCCUGCCACUGAAAACAUCCCCACAGCAUGAUGCUGCCACCACCGUGCUUCACCGUAGGGAUGGUGCCAGGUUUCCUCCAGACGUGACGCUUGGCAUUCAGGCAAAAUAGUUCAAUCUUGGUUUCAUCAGACCAGAGAAUCUUGUUUCUCAUGGUCUGAGAGUCCUUUAGGUGCCUUUUGGCAAACUCCAAGCGGGCUGUCAUGUGCCUUUUACUGAGGAGUGGCUUCCGUCUGGCCACUCUACCAUAAAGGCCUGAUUGGUGGAGUGCUGCAGAGAUGGUUGUCCUUCUGGAAGGUUCUCCCCAUCUCCACAGAGGAACUCUGGAGCUCUGUCAGAGUGACCAUCGGGUUCUUGGUCACCUUCCUGACCAAGGCCCUUCUCCCCCGAUUGCUCAGUUUGGCCGGGCGGCCAGCUCUAGGAAGAGUCUUGGUGGUUCCAAACUUCAUCCAUUUAAGAAUGAUGGAGGGCACAGAGUUCUUGGGAACCUUCAACGCUUCAGAAAUGUUUUGUUACCCUUCCCCAGAUCUGUACCUCGACACAAUCCUGUCUCAAAGCUCUACGGACAAUUCCUUCGACCUCAUGGCUUGGUUUUUGCUCUGACAUGCACUGUCAACUGUGGGACCUUAUAUAGACAGGUGUGUGCCUUUCCAAAUCAUGUCCAAUCAAUUGAAUUGACCACAGGUGGACUCCAAUCAAGUUGUAGAAACAUCUCAAGGAUGAUCAAUGGAAACAAGAUGCAUCUGAGCUCAAUUUCGAGUCUCAUAGCAAAGGGUCUGAAUACUUAUGUAAAUAAGUUAUUUCUGUUUUUAAUUUUUAAUAAAUUUGCAAACAUUUCCAAAAACCUGUUUUCGCUUUGUCAUUAUGGGGUAGAUUGAUGAGCAAAAAAUAAAUACAUUCAAUUUUAGAAUAAGGCUGUAACGUAACAAAAUAUGGAAAAGUCAAGGGGUCUGAAUACUUUCCGAAUGCACUGUACACAUGAUAAGACACGCCCUCUACACACACGUACACAUGGAUGUUGUAUUGUAGAUAUGUGAAAAUACAGUAGUGGCCUGAGGGAACACACUUAAUGUGUUGUGAAAAGUGUUAUGAAAUGUAAUGUCGUGUAAUAUUUUAAAUGAUAUAUAACUGCCUUAAUGUUGCAGGACCCCAGGAAGAGUACCUGCUGCCUUGUCAGCACCUAACGGGGAUCCUUAAUAAAUACAAAUACAAAUACAGGUGUCUCCUCUGGUCCUGAGUUGGUGUCCUUAUGCUUGUUUCUCUGUCGGCUCCUUCUUUCCAUGGAGAAGGUUAGCUGUGCCGUUAGCGUACCUUUCAGGCUACACUAGCUUUUUUAAAGUGGAUCUGACAGCGUUUUAACUACUUUGCAGAUAUGAAACAGACAGACAAUCAUAAUAUCAGUCAAAAAUAUCAAAUUCCCAUUUUAUGCUACAAAACCAACUUUAUAAGAGGUUUUAAAAAUAGGUUCUAUUUGACUCAACGUUCCAUUACGUACACUAAGGCAUUGUUGGCAGAAUAGAUGGAUGUAGUUCAAUGCGUGAUUAAUAUACAGUGGGGAAAAAAAGUAUUUAGUCAGCCACCAAUUGUGCAAGUUCUCCCACUUAAAAAGAUGAGAGAGGCCUGUAAUUUUCAUCAUAGGUACACGCCAACUAUGACAGACAAAAUGAGAAAAAAAAAUCCAGAAAAUCACAUUGUAGGAUUUCUAAUGAAUUUAUUUGCAAAUUAUGGUGGAAAAUAAGUAUUUGGUCAAUAACAAAAGUUUCUCAAUACUUUGUUAUAUACCCUUUGUUGGCAAUGACACAGGUCAAACGUUUUCUGUAAGUCUUCACAAGGUUUUCACACACUGUUGCUGGUAUUUUGGCCCAUUCCUCCAUGCAGAUCUCCUCUAGAGCAGUGAUGUUUUGGGGCUGUCGCUGGGCAACACGGACUUUCAACUCCCUCCAAAGAUUUUCUAUGGGGUUGAGAUCUGGAGACUGGCUAGGCCACUCCAGGACCUUGAAAUGCUUCUUACGAAGCCACUCCUUCGUUGCCCGGGCGGUGUGUUUGGGAUCAUUUUCAUGCUGAAAGACCCAGCCACGUUUCAUCUUCAAUGCCCUUGCUGAUGGAAGGAGGUUUUCACUCAAAAUCUCACGAUACAUGGCCCCAUUCAUUCUUUCCUUUACACAGAUCAAUCGUCCUGGUCCCUUUGCAGAAAAACAGCCCCAAAGCAUGAUGUUUCCACCCCCAUGCUUCACAGUAGGUAUGGUGUUCUUUGGAUGCAACUCAGCAUUCUUUGUCCUCCAAACACGACGAGUUGAGUUUUUACCAAAAAGUUAUAUUUUGGUUUCAUCUUGCUCAGUGAUACACCUGACCUCUCCACUUCCUAUCACCUGACCUCUCCACUUCCUAUCACCUGACCUUUCCACUGCCUAUCACCUGACCUCUCCACUUCCUAUCACCUGACCUCUCCGCUGCCUAUCACCUGACCUCUCCACUUCCUAUCACCUGACCUCUCCACUGCCUAUCACCUGACCUCUCCACUUCCUAUCACCUGACCUCUCCACUGCCGUUCACCCUGACCCCUCUCCACUUCCUAUCACCUGGACCUCUCCACUGCCUAUCACCUGACCUCUCCACUUCCUAUCACCUGACCCUCUCGCACUUCCUAUCAACCUGACCUCUCCACUGGCCUCAUCACCCUGAGACCUCUCCACCUUCCUAUCACCGGACCCUAUCCACUGCCUAUCACCUGUGAAUCACAGUUAUACUGGUAGACUGGUUGAGGACUGGUAGACUGGUAGAACGGUAUAGACUGGUAGGAACAGGUAGACUGGUAGUAGACAUGGUAGGACUGGGUAGACAGGGAUUAGAGAGUUAGACUGGUAGAACGGUAGACUGGUAGAAAGGUAGACUGGGGUUAGGACAGGUAGACUGGUAGACAGGUUAGACUUGGUAGACAUGGUAGGACAGUUAGACAGGGGAUAGAGCGUUAGAACCGGUCGAACUGGGAGACUGGUUAGACUGGUUAGGGGUGACUAGACUGGUAGACAGGUAGACUGGUAGACAGGUAGACAGUUAGACAGGAUAGAGCGUUAGACUGGUAGACUGGUAGACUGGUAGACUGGUAGACUGGUAGACAGUUAUACUGGUAGACUGGUAGACUGGUAGACUGGUAGACAGUUAUACUGGUAGACUGGUAGACUGGUAGACUGGUAGACUGGUAGACAGUUAGACUGGUAGACAGGUAGACUGGUAGACAGUUAGACUGGUAGACUGGUAGACUGGUAGACUGGUAGACUGGUAGACAGUUAUACUGGUAGACUGGUAGACUGGUAGACUGGUAGACUGGUAGACUGGUAGACAGUUAUACUGGUAGACUGGUAGACUGGUAGACUGGUAGACUAUAUUGACCUGUGGUAUAGUAAAAGUUAGGACAUGGAAAAGCCCAGUUCAUAAAAAGGAAGUAGCAAAACACCUUGAUAUAGGGGAGGAGCAUGCAAGCAGAUGAGGACUGAAUGGAAGAAAUGAAGAUCUAGUAAAACCUGAAGAGUCAAUGUAAACCAGGGAAAAACACACUACCCUCCCCUGUGACCAAUAAAAACACACUACCCUCCCCUGUGACCAAUAAAAAUACACUACCCUCCCCUUUGACCAAUUAAAACACAAUACCCUCCCCUUUGACCAAUUAAAACACAAUACCCUCCCCUUUGACCAAUUAAAAUACACUACCCUCUCCAAAGCAAAGAAAACUUUUUACAACCCUCCCCUAUUUUGGCCCACCCCAGUAAAUGUCUAACUGUCCACUAGCUGAGGGAUUUCUGGGUGUAAACUCUAAACUAUGGGUGUCAAACUCAUUCCACGUAGGGCCUAGUGUCUGCAGGUUUCACUGAAAGACCUAGACAACCAGGUGAGGGGAGUUCCUUACUAAGACCUAGACAACCAGGUGUGGAGAGUUCCUUACUAAGACCUAGACAACCAGGUGAGGGGAGUUCCUUACUAAGACCUAGACAACCAGGUGAGGGGAGUUCCUUACUAAGACCUAGACAACCAGGUGAGGGGAGUUCCUUACUAAGACCUAGACAACCAGGUGAGGGGAGUUCCUUACUAAGACCUAGACAACCAGGUGAGGGGAGUUCCUUACUAAGACCUAGACAACCAGGUGAGGGGAGUUCCUUACUAAGACCUAGACAACCAGGUGAGGGGAGUUCCUUACUAAGACCUAGACAACCAGGUGAGGGGAGUUCCUUAAUAAGACCUAGACAACCAGGUGAGGGGAGUUCCUUACUAAGACCUAGACAACCAGGUGAGGGGAGUUCCUUACUAAGACCUAGACAACCAGGUGAGGGGAGUUCCUUACUAAGACCUAGACAACCAGGUGAGGGGAGUUCCUUACUAAGACCUAGACAACCAGGUGUGGAGAGUUCCUUACUAAGACCUAGACAACCAGGUGUGGAGAGUUCCUUACUAAGACCAAGACAACCAGGUGAGGGGAGUUCCUUACUAAGACCUGGACAACCAGGUGAGGGGAGUUCCUUUCUAAGACCUAGACAACCAGGUGAGGGGAGUUCCUUACUAAGACCUGGACAACCAGGUGAGGGGAGUUCCUUACUAAGACCUAGACAACCAGGUGAGGGGAGUUCCUUACUAAGACCUAGACAACCAGGUGAGGGGAGUUCCUUACUAAGACCUAGACAACCAGGUGAGGGGAGUUCCUUACUAAGACCUAGACAACCAGGUGAGGGGAGUUCCUUACCUAUCAGUGACCAUAAUCAAGUACAAGGGAGGAGUAAAAACCCGCAGCAACCCGGCCCUCCGUGGAAUGAGUUUGACACCUGUAACAGUCUGGAUGAAAUGACUCUCAGGCCGCGUCCCAAAUGACACCAUAUUCCCUAUAUGGUGCAUUUACUGUUGCCCAGAGACCUCUGGGCCGUGGUCUAAAGUAGUGCGGUUUAAAGGUGACCGUGGUCUAAAGUAGUGCACUAUAAAGGUGACAGGGUACCAUUUGGGACGCGGCCUCCCUGGUCUGUCAUAACCAGCACCUGCCUCCCAGACCUGGAACACUUUCCAUUGGUUCAGUUCAGCUGAUGGUGGACCUAGGCACCCCACCGCAGGGCAGCAGGCGUCCUCUCCUUUAGUCCCCCUUCUGAUGGUGGACCUAGGCACCCCACCGCAGGGCAGCAGGCGUCCUCUCCUUUAGUCCCCCUUCUGAUGGUGGACCUAGGCUCCCCACCACAGGGCAGCAGGCGUCCUCUCCUUUAGUCCCCCUUCUGAUGGUGGACCUAGGCUCCCCACCGCAGGGCAGCAGGCGUCCUCUCCUUUAGUCCCCCUUCUGAUGGUGGACCUAGGCUCCCCACCACAGGGCAGCAGGCGUCCUGUCCUUCAGUCCCCCUUCUGAUGGUGGACCUAGGCUCCCCACCGCAGGGCAGCAGGCGUCCUGUCCUUUAGUCCCCCUUCUGAUGGUGGACCUAGGCUCCCCACCACAGGGCAGCAGGCGUCCUGUCCUUUAGUCCCCCUUCUGAUGGUGGACCUAGGCACCCCACCGCAGGGCAGCAGGCGUCCUCUCCUUUAGUCCCCCUUCUGAUGGUGGACCUAGGCUCCCCACCACAGGGCAGCAGGCGUCCUCUCCUUUAGUCCCCCUUCUGAUGGUGGACCUAGGCUCCCCACCACAGGGCAGCAGGCGUCCUGUCCUUCAGUCCCCCUUCUGAUGGUGGACCUAGGCUCCCCACCACAGGGCAGCAGGCGUCCUCUCCUUUAGUCCCCCUUCUGAUGGUGGACCUAGGCACCCCACCACAGGGCAGCAGGCGUCCUGUCCUUUAGUCCCCCUUCUGAUGGUGGACCUAGGCUCCCCACCACAGGGCAGCAGGCGUCCUCUCCUUUAGUCCCCCUUCUGAUGGUGGACCUAGGCACCCCACCACAGGGCAGCAGGCGUCCUGUCCUUUAGUCCCCCUUCUUACCUUCUCUCACCCCCUCAGCAGCUCUUUGUUGUUGAUUAUUGUGUAGUGAAUCUGUUGCUGUGAAGUUUCCUCCUCAAACUGUUGGUAAAAUAUGAAUGACGUAUAAAUGAACUAAUCCAUGAAUUAAGUGCUAAUUAAGCUACUGUAUGGACACCACACUCAACCAUCUCUCCCUCUCUUCCGCAGCAGAAGUUAACAUCUGAGUGUGUGUUCAGAGAGCAGUUUGAGGAGAACUGGUACAACACAUACGCCUCCACGCUCUACAAACACAACGACACCGGACGCUUCUACUACGUAGCGCUUAACAAGGACGGCUCGCCGCGGGAGGGGGGCCGGACUAAGAAACACCAGAAACUAACCCACUUCCUGCCUCGGCCUGUGGAGCUGGAGAAGAUCCCCCAGGCUUACAGAGGUCUGUUCCAAUACAGGUGACCUGGGCUGAGCCUGGGAGAGAGGGAUGAGGACAGGGAGGAGAGAGGUGGACAGGACUCAGUACUCCCACUGACCUCGCUCCCCAGCCUCCAGCCCCAACCCCCUAAGAAGGUGUUUAUGUAUUGCCCCCCUCCCGUUCCUCCGAGGACCACCGACCAGAGAGAUAACCGUAGCUAGUGUUCCUGGGCGUUAACUCUCUGAGAUCGCUGUUUGACCUCAGAGGGGUCAGAGCGGAGCGGAGGAGACGCUCUUCUCUCCAGCCACUGA